AUGGACCAAAUAAUGCUGAAAAAACCGUCCGUAAUUCCGCAGCAAAGUGGCACAUUAGGUUACACUCAAUCAGUUUUUCAGUUAAAUAAUCAACAUCGAGAUAGUUUGUUAUCGGAGGGAUCUUUGCCUUUUUCAAAACUUUAUAGGCGUCGAAAGAACAAAAGUCCCGACAAUGCUCCUCUGUCUUCCUUAGUUAUCUAUCGAACUGCUGACGAAAAAAAAUCGAAAAAUUUCGAAAGAGAUAGGGUAAAAGAAUGUAAUAUUAACGGUGGUUCUGUAUUGCAGAAAAGUAACGAUGAUUCCAAACGUUAUAAUUCCGGAGAGCAAUGUCGCAUCAUUGAAAAAAAGCGAGGGAAACACCAAUGCAAAGAUAAUGUCACCGGACAACGUGGUUUUCAAACCAAAGAUAAAAAAAUUGAAGAAGCUUGUGUUGUAGACAAGUCAAAAAAUGUCUCUUUCCAAAAUGGUAAAGAAUGUAAAAAAUGCAAACCAAAAUUUAAACCUAUUCGGUUUUCAAUGGCUAAAUUGUUUGAACCAACAGUUGUCGAAGAUGACGGUGUAUGCGAGGGAAUUGCUGAAAUAACAAUUAACAAUGCUGACAGAAGAAUUGAAGCUGAGUUUUUGGGCACAAAAAGUAGAAUUUUUAGAGCCCAAUCAAAAAUGACUGAUAUGCUACGAGACAAAUUUUCACGCUGGAUUUAUUUGCCCGAAAAUUGUAAACAUUGA